AGUGAACAUUCGACGACCAUCACGACAACCACCGACCACCACGAGCACCGCCAACCGCAAAGAUGGGUGCCCUUAAAUACGUCGAGGAGAUCCACAAGAAGAAGCAGUCUGAUGUGCUGCGCUUCCUUCUUCGUGUGCGCUGCUGGGAGCUCCGUCAGUUGAACGUGAUCCACCGCGCCUCCCGGCCUUCGCGCCCCGACAAGGCCCGCCGCCUCGGAUACAAGGCCAAGCAGGGCUAUGUCAUCUACCGCAUCCGUGUCCGCCGUGGUGGUCGCAAGCGGCCCGUUCCCAAGGGUGCCACCUAUGGCAAGCCCACCAACAUGGGUGUCAACCAGCUCAAGUACCAGCGCUCUCUCCGCGCUACUGCCGAGGAGCGUGUCGGCCGCAAGUGCGCCAACUUGCGUGUCCUGAACUCCUACUGGAUCAACCAGGACUCCACCUACAAGUACUUUGAGGUCAUCCUCGUCGACCCCCAGCACAAGGCCAUCCGCCGCGACGCCCGCAUCAACUGGAUCGCCAAGCCCGUCCACAAGCACCGCGAGGCCCGUGGUCUCACCGCUACUGGCAAGAAGUCGCGUGGUAUCAACAAGGGUCACCUGUACAACAACACCUCUGGCGGCCGCAGAAAGACCUGGAAGAGACAGAACACCCUUUCUCUCUGGAGAUACCGGUAAACGGUUCGAUAACCGUUUCCUCGGUAGAGGGAAAGACACUAUCCAUUCCCACCAGGGAUGGCUU